AUGAAAGGCACUCCAACGUAUGGACUGGCCAACGGACUGUUUUGGCGUCUCUGCUUUCUCACCGCUGAUUCGGAAACCACGGUCCGUUUAUCUACACAACCCUUCGAGAAACUUAAAGGGAUCAGUUUUCUGCAAAGUGAUAUCAAGGGUCUGGUAGUCGAGACCGUCGAAUUACUCCUACAAAGCAAAUACGAUAAUAGGGAGAAUCGCCUCGGACAUGCCCAAAUCCUAGCAUUCGUGAAGUCCUUUCUCAGGACGUGCUUCACAUUUAACGGAACAAUCUACGAGCAGAUGAAGGGAACACCAAUGUGUGCACCGAUUUCGGGAUUUAUAGCUGAGGCGGUCCUACGACGAUUAUAG